AUGUUGAGAGGAAGAUCGGACGUUCGUGCCGAAAUUGAAGCCAUUCAAAAAGAGGCGAGAGAGAAGGAGAAGGAACCUAAGAUCACAUUCGCUACGUUAUUCGCUCGUGAACUGCGAUGGUCGACCCUGAUAGCAAUAUUUUUGAUGUUUAUGCAACAAAUGAGUGGCAUCAAUGCAGCAAUGUAUUACUCGAAUGACAUCUUCAAAUCAACUGGAUUGAUUGGCGAUCAGAUCAUCUUGGCAACAUGUGCUAUAAUGCUAACCAAUGUGCUUAUGACCUUAGCAUCUGAAUGGCUUGUAGACCAUCCCUUAUUCGGUCGUCGUUUCUUACUUUUAACUGGUAUGCUUGGAAUGUUUCUGAUGUCAAUUGGUAUUGUUGCUUCUCUAAUUCUCAUUGUGAGUUUAAUCAUACCUAUUUUUAUUCGAGAUAUUUUAUAUACAUUCGCUGAGCAUAGCGAUCGAAUGCUAGAAAUGAAUGCAUGUCCAUUCAUAUGA